GUAAAGCCUUCUUCCAGCCGCAGGCCCGACCAGCGCAAGCACUUUGCCAUGCGUCGUGCGGUCGGGACAGUGUAAGCACAGCUUCGUGCAUGAUGAAACAUAGAAUGUCAAAACAAUCAGACAGGCUCUUGGCAAGAACCAAACAGCUGGAGGGAGAGCCACAGGACGAGGGCGUAUCAACGUGUACGGCGUGCAGGAUUGCGACCUGAUACGUUCAGAGGAGCGGUGCGCGCAGCCCAGCUCAUCCCCAGCCAGGAACUAGCGCAGGGUCACUAGCAAGUAGCAACUCAGACGCCGGCACGCGCACACCAACACAGCGCUCUCGGACGGCUAUUUUCGCAAACAACAACCUCGAUUCUAAACGGGCGCGGCUGGCGCGCUCGCAAGCGACGUUGGGCUGUUCAAUGGCGUCUCGUUAUAGAAGUUGUAUUACAUGAGCACACGCAUUGGAGACUUGGAGGAGCCCCGGGCGGUUGACUGGGGCUCGUUAUCGGGAGAGCUUAUACAGGAGGUCGCAAAGCGCGUUGGCAUCCAGCACUGGCCCCUGCUCCGUUGCGUCUGCAAGAGCUGGCGCCGAGGCGUCAGCGGUGCCGUGACGGCGGUUCGGUUGCGGGUGCCCGACCGCCAGGUCCUCGCAUGUAAUCGCCAAGGCGGCGCAGCCGCUCAGGAGGCGCCCACCGCGCAGCCGCAGCAGCUGCAGGCGCGCGCAGGCCGCAAAGCCGCAGCGGCGGCCCGGCAGCAACAGCAGCAGCAACAACAGCAGCAGCAGCGGCGGACUGGUUUAGGUGUAGCUUGCCCGGACGCGGCCGCCGCUGUGCCAACAGGAGGGGGGCGUGGUGGCAGGGCGGUGAACGGCGGGUUUGCGGCACCGCCGCCCCCCAACCCCGACCCCACCGCCGCGCCGCAACCGCAACCGCAACCACAACAGCCAAAGCCCGCAACCACCGAUCGCGGCUUCGCAGCCUCCUGUGGCCGACCCGCCCCGGCCUCCCUACCGGGACCCGACCCUCGACCCUCGCCAGUCGCGCCCAACCAUCAGCACCCCACCGCCGGUGGCACCGCCGCCGCCGUUGCCGCGGGCACAGCAGCAGGCUGCGAGCCCACAGGCGACACCUCCUGCGGCCGAGUCCGGCCGGCGCCGGCGCACCUGUACCCCGGCGGCCCGCCGCCGCCCGCCCUGCCGCCCCACUACCCGGCGGCAUCACCAGCAGCUGUAGCAGCCUACCCGCUGUUCCCGGAGCCGCCGAACCUUGGGGCGCUGCCUCUAGCCUGCGUGUACAGCCUUCUCGCUGCCUCACAGCCCACCGUGGCGGCGGCGGCAGCCGCCGCUGCCGCCGCCACGGCGGCGCCGCCACCGCAGCGCGCGCACGUGAACGCGCCGGGUUGCGGCGGUUAUGCGUACGGCUAUGGGCCGUCGGACAACGGCGGCGGCGGCGCCGCCGCCAGUGACUCGCACGCCGCCGGCGGCGUCGCGAGCAGCGUGGGCAGCAGCAGCAUUGUGGCUUGGAGCUUCUUGGAUGCGGCAGACAGACUGGCGGCCGCGUACCCUGAGUACACGGAGCUUGGGCUGGCGUUUGCGGAGCCGCUGCCGCUGCUGACCGCAGGCGGCGGUGCGGACGGCGGCGGCGGCGGCGGCGCCGGUGGCAGCAGCCGCUGGCUACAGCUGGAGGUGUGUGCGGCGCUGCGGCAGCUGCUGGCGGAGCGGCUGGAAGUGCUGCAGCUGUCCGGCCACACGCCCUACCCGCUGCUCAUGGGCCCGCCGCCGCUGGCCCCGCCCGCGGCGGCCCUGCAGCAACACCACCUGCGGCACCAGCAGCGCCAGCGCCAGAAGCAACAGCAGCAGGAAACCGCCGCGGCGGGGCCGGCGCCUGCGGCCGAUGCUGCGGGCCCGCGCGCGGUGGCGGUGGAGGACGAUAACGACGGGCUGCGGCAGCGGCAGCGGCAAUCCAACCUUGCACCCAAGGCAGCGUCAAAUGCUGCUGCCGCCGCCGGUGCCGCCGCAGUCAAGUCAGCCGGCGGUGGAGCAGCGGCGGCGCCGGCUGCAGCCACGCGCGACGGAGGCGUGGCCGCAGGGGCGGUAGCUAUAGCCGCAGCUACAGCUGCAGCCACGGUCGCGGCAGACAUGGGCAGCGACCGGAGCGAGCCGAUUGCUACAGUCACCGCCGCAGCUACAGCCGACGCCGCUGCCGCUCGGCAAGGAGGGGUCGAGCGGCGAGGGCUGACUACGUUCAACCGUUGUAGCGAAUCCGAGGUCGUGACUGGUGCUGCUCCUGCUACUGCCGCAGCCGUUGUUGUGGCUGCCGCUGCUACAGCCAAGGACGCCUGCGGCGGCAGCAUCGGCAUGACUGCUACCGCCAUGGAUGCGUGCGCGGGGUUGGGCUGUGACAGUGGCAGCGGAGGGCGCGGCGGAAUGGGUGGUGACAUCAGUGGCGUUCUGCACGUGGGCCCGCGCCACCGCCGCGCGUGCACCUCCUUCCCGCCGGCGCUCAACGACCCACACUCGUCCCACCACGACGGCCACGGCAGUGGCACCGGCAGUGGCAGUGGCGGCGCAAACCCAGACCACAGCAACCGUACCUCACCUGGCAACGACGGCUCCAACGACCACAAUGGUCACGGCUCCAACGGCCACAACGGCCACAACCAGGACAGCGGCGACCAGCGCCACCACUUGCUACCAGGCGGCAAGCACGGAUCCAUGGAUCGCGAUGCCAGCGGCAACGACGGCAGCGGCGCCGGUACCCGGGGCUUACACGGCGGCAGUGGCGACGGCGACGGGCCGACCGGCAGCGGCGGCAGCUGUCGACCUCCUCAAUCCAAGCGCGCCCGUGCAGCAGCGGCGUCCUCGGGCCAGCACGCCGCCGCCGGCACGGGCGCCGCCGCUGCCGCCCCUGCCUCCGUCGUUGGCGGUGACGCCACCAUGACUGACGUCGACGUCGCCGCCGCCAACUUUGUCAGCGGCGCCGACGCCGGCGGCAGCGGCGCCGCUGACGGCUUGGACGGCGGCGGUGGCGCCAUUGGCGGCGGAGCGGCCGACGGCGGCGGCGGCGCCGAUGCGAGGCUGGCGGCGUUCCUCCGCGCCAACGGCAGCGGCGGCAGCAACCGCAGCGGCGUCGAUGGCAUCGAUGGCGCUGACGCCACCGACGGCGACGGCUGCGGUGGCGAGAUGAGCUUUGAACGGAUGCUUGCGGACGUGGCGGAGGCGGGCGGCAGCGGAGGCGGCGGCAGCGGGCGUCACGGCGACGGCAGCUGUCGUGGCGGCGUGUGCGGAGCUCACUGCCUGGGCUGGCACCGCGCGAGGCCGAGGCGCCGAGCCAGCUGCGCUGGCGGCACCGGCGAGGCAGGCGCCGGUGCAGGUGCAGGCGCUGCUCGGAAUCCGGAUCUGGAUUUGGAUUGUGAGAUGAGCGAGGGCGGGCUGGACCGCGGCCCACGCCGGCACCUGCACGCGCACCACCACCAUCCGCCGCAGCUGCACGCCCACCCGCACGGCCACAACAACAAGCGCCAGCGCCAGCCGUCGCCGGGCGCCGAUGCCGGGGAGGCCCAGGCCGAGACGGAAGCGGAGGCGGAGGUGCUGGCAAGCGCUGGGGAAGACGGUGGCGGCGGCAGCACCGGCAGUGGUCGCCGCCAGGGCAUCACCGGCGGAGGCGGCAGCAGCGGCGCCGGUGAGGCCGCGGUGGCUGUAGCACCGGAGCCGGCUUGCCUCGCCAAUGCCGCUACAGCCGUGGACACGGCUGCCGCAGGCACUGCUGACGCGGCAGGCGGCGGAGACACGCACAUGUGUGAGGCAGGCGCCGCUGCUACAGCCGUCGCCGCUGCGGACGCAGCUGUGGCUGUAGCAACGCAGCCGCCUGCUCCGCCGCACGGGCGCAAGCACGAGGCGUCCCAAGCUCUUGACGCGGACGCGCUGCCGUCCCGGCGGCAACGGCAGGCAGCGGCCACCGGCGCGGCGCCGCAAGCCACUGCGGACAAGCGCUGCGCCGCGCCCACCCCCGCCACCUGCAAUGCCGCCAUCAGUGCCGAGGGCAGCGCCGAUGGCAGCGGCGGCGGCGGCGGCGGCAGUGGCGGCGGCAGCGGCAGCGCCGCCGCCACAGCCGCAGGCGCCACUGCUCCCCGCGCCGCCGCCGCCGCAACCGCUGCUCCGCCUGCUCCCAAAGCCGCCGCCGCCAACGCCGCCGCGGCCGCCGGCCACGUGGCGGUGCGGCCGCCGCCGCUGCUGUCGCGCCUGACGCACCUGGUGUCUCUGACGCUGGGGGCGGACGCGGGCUUUCCGCACCCGGUGCACCUGGAGGCAAUCACGUCGUUGUCGCGACUGCGGGAGCUUGACAUGCGGGGAGCCAAGUUCAUGCAGGUGUCUGGCGACGCCUCCUCGCAGGGGCGGCAGGUGUGGCCGCACGUGGGCAACGAGCACAUGGCGGUGGUGGGGCGGCUGACGGGUCUGACCAGCCUGCGGCUCAACCACGUGCACCCCGUGGCCGGGCGGCAGCUGGCGGCGUGCCUGUCAGGUCUGCGGCGGCUGCGCACACUGGGCCUGACCGAUGCAUUGUCGGGCCACUCGGUGGGCGCGAGCCAUGUCGAGGCGCUGGCGGCAGGCCUGACGGCUCUUCGCUCCCUCGACAUUGGUCGAGUCACCUGCCCGCCCCUGUCCGCGAUGGUGGCCGUGGCGGCGGCGGCGGCGGCGGCCGCCGCCACGACCGGCGGGCCGAGCGGCGUGUCCCUGUUCGAGGCGGGCGCGGCGGCGGCGGCGGCCGCGGCGGCGUGCAGCGGCCCCGUCGGCGCCUGGCUGCCGUGGGGUCCCUGCCUGCGCACCUUCCAGGGCCUUACAUCACUUCACCUGCAGGUCGCCAGCUCGUUCGAAACGGACCUGCUGGAGGGUGUGGCCGCGCUGCCGCUGCUGGAGACCUUCUCCAUGGAGCUGCUGGACGUGCCGCCGCCGCAGCUCGCAGCGCUGCUUGCCGUGCUCACCAGCACCGCCACCACCACCACCGCCAACAACAACAACACACACCACCACGUCGGAGGGCACGGUGGCGGCGGCAGGGCAGCCGCCGCCGCGGCGCCGCCGCCGCCGCCUGCGGCGCCGGCGGACGCUGAAGCGGCGCCUGCGGCGGCGGCGCCUCUGACUGGCGGCGGCGCUGACGGCGACGACGAGGGACCUGCUGCCAGCGGCCGCGCCACGCGCGCGCCGCACAGGUCGCACCACCUCCACCCCCUCGCAAACGCCGAGCACGGGGCCGGAGCCAGCGGCCGCCACGGCCACGGACAGGGUGUGGGCGUGGGCGUGUGUGUGGGUGACGGUGAUGGCGAGGGUGGCACAGGCAGCGGCGUGGCCGCGGCGGCUGCGACGGCGGCUGUAGUAAAGGGCAAGGGCGCCGUUCACCACGGCACCACUCGCCGCAGGCGCGGUGGCGAGGGCGGUUCCUGCGCGGCGGGCUCGCCCGCAGCUUCUGAGCCCAGCUCCGCCGCCGCCGCCGCCGCUGCCGCCGGCCUGGAUGCAGCGGUCGGCGCCGGCGCCGGCAGCGGCCGCCGGGGGCAGCAGCACGGCCUGCUGCCGCCGCCGCCAGCCGACAACGGCGGGGCCGGGGCCGCCGCUGCGGCGGCCUUCGCGAGGCCGGGUCCCUGUGGUGGCUGCUGGAGCCUGGCGGGGGUGCUUCACGGCCUGACUCUGACGGCGUGCAUGCUGUACGACGACCACCUGGCGGCCAUUGGGCGGCUGCGGCAGCUGAGGAGCAUCCGGCUGGACCAGGUGGACAUCCGCACCCGCGACCCGGACGGCUGGACGGCUCUGAGUGGCUGCCGCUGCCUGGAGCACUUCAGCUUCCGCGUGUGGAACAACCCCAUGCUGUCGGCGGCGGCGGCGGCGGCGGUGCUGACCACCGACAGCCUUGCCAUGAUGGCAGCCAACUGGCCGCGGCUGCAGAGCCUCACCUACGCCGGGCAGGUGUCCCUGACGGAGAAGGCCGAGGAGCACUUGGCGCACAUGCCCUGCCUCGUGUCCGCGCACAUCAGUGGCACGGACGGCACCACCUGCCGCGUGUGGCGGGCAGCCGCACCCCCCGCCGCCACCCCCACGCCCGCCGCGCCCGCAGCAGCAGCCGCACCCCCCGCCGCCACCCCCACGCCCGCCGCGCCCGCAGCAGCAGCCGCGCCGGAGCACGCUGCGGCGCCGGCGCCAGCAGCAUCAGCAGAAGCCCCGGCGGCCGCAGGCAGCGCCCUCCUCGGCGGCGGCGGCAGCGGCGGUAGGCAGCAGCACCAGCAACACCACAAUCCCCACGCGCCAACCAAGCUGCCGCAACAGCCGGCAGGAGGUUCUGGCGGUGCUGGUGGCGUCAGGUCGGCAGCAGCAGGAGAAGGCCUGGCGGGUGCGGCGGCAGGGGCCGGGGCCGGGGCGCCGCAGGCACAGGAAGGCACCGCCGCCGCCGCACCCGCUGGGACCAAGCCGCCGCCACCGCCGCGGCCAGCUGCACAGCAACCACUCGGCGGCAGCAUGCCGGAAGCUCCCGGGCCGGCGGCGCCGCAGGCGGCGGCGGCCGGCGGCGCAGCCGCCGCCGGUCCGGCGGCUGCGCGGGGGCUGCUGCGCUGUAGUUUGGCGCUGCCGCACGCGGGUGGCGGCGGCGCCAAGGUGUCGAGCCGUAACGGCUACGUGGCGUACAGCGACAGUGAGUCGGACGGGGGCGACUCGGACGGCAGUGAGGCCAGUGUGAACUGGCGGGGCGCGAGCGGUUACGUCACGAGCGAGUAUGACGCAGAUUGAUGAGCAUUGUAUGUGGUCAUCCUCGCUGAAUGCUCAGAUCGCUUGGACUUGUAUAAAUGCUGAGAAUCGUCUUGGCUUGGACACGUGUUAGCUUGGGCCGGUAACUGCUUGGACGGGUCGUGUGAAGGAGCCGGCUUGACAACGCUGAAGAGAGGGGCACACUGCGGGCGCCAUGCAAAUGGGUGGUCUCUCACACGCCGAUGCAGUGCAGUGAGUGCCUGCCACACCUCGAUGACAUCACAACAAUAUGUGGACGAGGUUUUGUGUGAUAAUGAUAUGAUUUUGUCUUGCAGACAGUGGCGACCUGAGUAAAGCCUGCACGGAAAGAAGAGUGAGACCGUGCGCGCAGUGCAUCUGCCGACGAAGGGUGUUUUCCGAGAACGCGUGGCAUUUUGUACCUUGGUUGCAAUCCAAAAUCCAAUGGAGCGAGACUUGGCCGACGGGCGGCAGCAGCAGGGCGUGUGUGCGCGGCGGUGACAGAGUGGGUUGCAAGCAGGUGGGGGCGUGGUUUUCGCAUACGUGGUGCACGGAACCCGACCUUGCGUUGUUUUGGUGUUGUGGAGGCAUUUUGCGGUCUCAUGAGGCACGCAAUCCAGAAGUUAGAUCGCGUGACUGGCGCAUGGAGCACAGUACGUGGCAAGCAUUGUGUGAUGUACUAAACCGCUUUGCAGGACUUUAUCACAAUUUUAUCAGCAUCGGAGAUUCGCACAAUGGAGGCGGCCGUUUGAGACUGGUCUGUUAGUAUGAAAAACUGCCUGCCCCGCACUGGGCAAACUCUAGUUUGGGCACGAAGCAGCAUAGGUUACUGGCGCGUCUUCUUGCGUUCGUGCCGCGCAUAAGCUCUUCCUGUCAUCACUGCUCUAAUAAUGACGCUGGGACCGCCCAGCGGCCGCACCGCUGUUUGGAGGGACAGGUGCAGUACUCGCGUGCAUGCAUGAGAUUCCCAUCAUUUUUGCAUAGAAGAGAUAACCGACCCGGGAGGGGAGGGCUCAGCCCUUUUCCUGCCUCCCUAAGGCAGCCACCUCCUUGUUGCAUAGAGGACUGAGACGCUUGCUGAAUGUGACGCCCCUUGCAGCGCCGAAGGCGCCCCUUACUGGUUUGUGUACAUUGUAUAUACACUUGACUGACCGGUGCUAUGAAUAAAUUGAGUGCCGGCAACGGUGACGAGACGGAGAUGCGCAAAGCAUGUCAGGAGUUGAGUUGCUGGAUCCACCGGCCGGUGGAAACAAGUUUGACCAUGCCCGGCAUGUGCCGUUCUUACUAUUGCACAGUAUGCAAACACACGAGAAACAUACAUUUUGGAUUGACAAAAGAGAGAAGGAAGCACUGCCAGAGAUUCGUGUGAAGUGCUUGUGCGGUGGCCGCCUUACUUGCGUGUGCCUGGCAGCAGCAGCCGGAGCGAUGCCGUCCUGCUGUCUCGCUACCCUGGGCCGCUGGAAUGGAAUGACUGGCUUGCUGGGCAGGCUUGCUGGGCUCCUGGCGAAAGUGCUUUGGGGGCCUGCGCUGCUAGGAGAGAGCCAUGGACGUCGAUGCUUGUUAAGACCACUCGGUUGGGUUCGCAAAUUUGGUGUCCGGCUUGACACACAUCCCCAGAUCCUCUGAUUGCGGCGGUACCAGGGGCAGCCACUCCUGAGCGGAACCGGGUGCGGGGUGGCUGGGUGUGUGUGCGUGUGUGUGUGUGUGUGUUUGUGUUAAAGAGCACAAGGAAAACAUUACGCGUAGGACUGUGUGUGUGUGUGUGUGUGUGUGUUACAGGAUGGGAAGUGUGCAUUCCUAAUACCUGCAACGAGACUAACCGAGCCGCAAGGGCCCCUCGUCUCCUGGAACUGGAUUGUUAGUUGCGUCUUGCACACCGUGUGCACCG